AUGCACAUCGCCGGCCUCGUGGCCUUUCGAGAUGACGAGAGGAGAGUUGCGCGGCAACUCGCCGCUAAACCAUUUCCACGUGUCGACCCAGGCCAGGGGGACUUCUUAGCAGGCCUCACCGGACCCGUGCUUGUAAUGGAGUACAUUGAGAAUGGCAUGUUGCGAAGACUUAUUAGAAGGCUGGAAAAUCGGGCGGAGCCGACGCCGAAUCGUGUCCUGUGGGCCUUCUACUUAUGUGCUGUCCGGGCAUGUAUUGGCAUGGCUUACCCGAGACAAGCAGACCCGGACGCCGCGGUGGUUCUGGAAAACAUUCCGAUACCGGAAGUUGAGGCAUCAACGAAGGUUCAUGGCGACCUUCACACUGGGAAUAUAAUGGUUGGCGAUUUUGAUCUAGCCGUCCCUGAACAUAGCCUAGUCCCCGUGAUGAAGCUCAUCGACUUCGGGCUGACUACAAGAGUAAAAGAGUCGAAAAAAGCCGUCGAGGAGAAUCUGUUUGAAGCCUCUAGGGCAAUAUACAGUGUCGCCAUCCGUCAAUUGAGGACUCAAAAUGAUAGGACGAACACGGAAAAGUACAAGGACAUACAGACUUUUGCCGUGCGACUCUCCGACGAGCAACCACAGGAUCUCACUCUCGACUCGGACCUCCGAGAUCUCAUCUGCAGGUCUAUGGCCAAAAGACCCGAAGAUCGAUUCACGCUUGCACAAAUGCUAGCAAAGACGUCCCAGCCUGUCGCGAACAAAACUGCGGCUUCGUUCAUGCUCAACGGAACGGCGGAAUCUGACGACGACAUUAAAGACUUCGUGCAGGACAUGAUAUACAACGCGGACCCGGACCCUCCUGCCGCACCAUCUGCACCAGCUGCGGCACCCGCGCAGGCACCCCCGCCUCCUCCUCCGGCGGCCCCAAUAAUGAUAAUCUCGUCGUGA